AUGCUAGCAUACUUCCCAUGUAUCACACUUGGCGCGGACGAGACGGUCAAGUCACUUGCUCGGGAGCGACCGUUUGUCUUGCUGGCGAUUUUGGCCUGCACAAGUGGAAACCGCAGCAUUCAGUGUCACAGACUUUACGACGAGGAGUUUCGAAAGGUGCUGGGGCUAAAGGUGGUGGCAGGCGGCGAAAGGAGUUUGGAAUUACUUCAGGGCUUGCUGAUAUAUUGCGCCUGGUACCCUUUUCAUCUCAGACCCAAGGAUAAGCGGACCUAUCAGUAUCUCCGCAUGGCGAUAGAUCUUCUCCAUGAUCUCGACCUCGACAAGUGCUGCGACGAUUGCAAUGAGCAAGACGUCGCGGUGACUUCCGGACAACUUGAUGGUAUAAGAGCGUAUCUUGGUUGUUUUUACAUUGUUACGACAUUCUGUCCCAUUUGGCCAAGGGCGACAUGGACGACACUCAACUACACUCCAUGGACUUCCACCUGCUGGUCGGCAUUGCUGAACCAUUCCUCGCGUCCCGAGGAUACCACUCUCGCCUGCCUCGCAAGAAAUGUAUACAUUGGCCAAGAAGCGUCCAGAGUGUCAAAGCGAUCUCAAGGCGACGAUCGAGAACCGCAGCUGCUACUGCUUGGUCUUGAAGCUCAGCUGCGCGACUGGCAAUCAAAGAUCCCCAGCGAUAUUGCCACCUCUGCCCCAGUUCUGCUUAGCGCCCUAUUCGCAGAAAUUCUCAUACACUGCAGUGUUCUCAUGACCUUCCCAGCACAGAGGGCCUCGUGCCGGCCGCUGAAACCCGACGCCGACAAGGUGUCCCACGCAAUCCCGCUAAUACGGAGAUUUUUCGAAAUAGCAGCCCAGUUAGAUCACGGUCACUUCUCAGCGCUUGAGUGGGCCAAGCUGGUUUCUUGCGUCAUCCUGGGCACGAAUCUUUCGUUCCCAUUGAAGGAAAUUUCCGGCUGGGAUUACAUGCAAGCCAGGAGUGAGCUUAAAUUCCGCGAGUACUUGGAGCAAAUCUGUGGCGGAGGCGAUGCCGCAGAACAAUCUGCGCCACAGGAGGGCUCAUCCAUAACCCGGCCCACAGAUAUUAAGUGCGCGAGCCGGGCCAUUCUCAACGUAGUACUGAGAAAGUAUAAUGAUAAAAUCGAAAGGGAGAGGAAGUCCGACGAGCCCGGUAGGCUCGGGUGCCCGAUGUUGGAUGGCAGUGCAGACGAGUAUCUGUACAUGUGGGACGACAACACUCCAAUGCUAAUGCCGGCGAUAGGUGACCAGGCAGAUGUGGUAUCUCUGGCCUUGCAUAUGGGCUCUGGCGCCGAAGCGUUUAAUGAUAGGGAACGAGCUCCCCGACCCGGCCAUGGUGGGGCGGCGCAGGUAGACCCGCGCAUCAUGUAUCACGACUUGUGGGCUACAAUGACGUUAGGCUGGGGCGAGCGCGGACUCGAUUCCCUUGGAUGA